AUGUCCUCCUCAAACACCCUCCCAACAACCUCCGCCCUCGUCCUCUCCCUCCUCACCUCCCUAGGCGGCUCAAUCGGCUUCGCCCGCACAGGCUCAAUCCCCUCAAUCGCAGCCGGCCUCUCCGUUGGCGCAAUCUACCUAUUCAGCUUCUUCCGCCUUCGCGCCGGCGAAGCCUGGGGCGAGGAACUCGGUCUUUUGGCAAGCGCUGUCUUAGGCGGUAGCUCGAUUCCCCGCGCUAUUAAGACUGGAAAGGUUGUUCCUGCUGGUCUGUCUGUUCUGGCUACGUACGGCGCGAUCGUUUUUGCGCUCGCUUAUCGUGAGAAGAGGGCUUAG